UUGUGUUUUCUUAAGUUAUAUUUUAAGUUAGAAUUCUUAAGUUAUAAUAUAUUUCUAUAACCUCAAUAAUUUGUGGGUAUAUUUUUGUAGAUGGAUCGUAUGUGGAUGUAUAAUAUGAAUAAUAGUAAUCGUGUGGGUGUACAUGAUGAAUUUGUUGAAGGUGUUGAUGGGUUUAUCACACCUGCAAUGUCACUUCACCCUUUUCAAAAUGAAGAGGUAAUUAGGUGUCCUUGUUCUCAUUGCCGGUGUAUAAAGUAUUUGAAACUGGAAGCGGUUAGGGUUCAUUUAUAUAGUCAUGGGUUUAAGCAAAAAUAUUAUGUUUGGACUGAUCAUGGAGAGACUGAUGGGGUCAAUGGUAUAUUUUAUAAUAUGGUUGUCGGUGAAAGUACUGUGUCGCGGGAAUAUAGUCAUGUCCAAUAUGAUAGAGUUAAUGAUAUGGUUAAUGAUGCUUUUGGCGUACAGUCUGAGUUUGAACCUGAACAAAAUUUUGAGGAACCUCCUAAUGAAGAAGCAAUGCGCUUCUAUCAAGAAUUAGAAGAGGCUAAUCGUCUACUUUGGGUAGGGAGUCAGCAUUCUAAGUUGUCUGUUGCAGUUAGAAUGAUUAACAUCAAAUCAGUUUGGACUGUUGCUGAAGUUGCUAUGGAAUCAAUGAUUAAGCUUGUAGGGGAACUAGUUAGUCCGAAAUUCGACAUACCUAAGAGUUACUAUGAAGCAAAGAGAUUGGUUUCCAAAUUAGGAUUGUCGUAUGAUAGAAUCCAUUGUUGUCCAAACGGUUGUAUGUUGUUCUAUAAGCAAGAUGCUGAUUUAAAUGAAUGUAAAAUAUGUGGACAUGCGCGUUAUAAGCAGACACCUAGUGGGAAGAUUGUUCCAAUUAAGACGAUGCAUUAUUUACCUAUUAUACAUAGGUUAAAGAGGUUGUUUGCAUCGUCGAGUUCUGCUCCUCACAUGAGAUGGCACAGCGAAAAUAGAAGGCCACCUGGUGUUAUGUGUCAUCCAUCGGAUGGAGAAGCGUGAAAAUAUUUUGAUAGAACUUAUCCUGAUUUUGCUAGUGAACCAAAAAACAUUCGUUUGGGUUUGUGUGCGGAUGGUUUCACACCAUACUCUGUUUCAGUUGCACCCUAUUCUUGUUGGCCUGUAUUUCUUACUCCAUAUAAUCUAUUGCCUGAGAUGUGUAUGACAAGUCCCUAUAUAUUCCUAAAUUGUGUUAUCCCUGGUCCUCGUAAUCCAAAAAUUUUGAUUAAUGUCUAUCUACAACCUUUGAUUGAUGAGUUAAAACAAUUGUGGUAUGAAGGUGUAGUGACAUAUGAUAUAUCAACUAAGAGCAAUUUCAAUAUGCGUGCUUCUUUGAUGUGGACUAUUAACGAUUUUCCUGCAUAUGGGAUGUUGUCUGGUUGGAUGACUGCUGGAAAGCUUGCUUGUCCUCAUUGCAUGGAAAAUAGUAAAGUUUUCACUUUAAAAUAUGGCCACAAAAAUUCAUGAUUUGAUUGUCAUCGUCAGUUCUUGCCUAUGGAUCACCAAUUUAUGAAAAUGAAACAAGCAUUUAGAAAGAAUAAAACUGAAAAUGAUCCCCCACCUCGAACAUUGUCAGGAGAAGAAAUUUGGGGGAGGGUUUAUCACUUGCCUAAGGUCACAGAAGUUGCCCCUUAUAGACUACCUGGUUAUGGUGUUGAACAUAAUUGGACUAAACUGAGCAUAUUCUGGGAGUUACCGUAUUGGAAGGAUAAUCUUCUACGACAUAAUCUUGAUGUGAUGCAUAUUGAAAAAAAUUACUUUGAUAAUUUGUUCAACACUGUUAUGGAUGUUAAAGGCAAGACAAAAGAUAAUCCAAAAGCUAGAUUGGACCUAAAGGAAUAUUGUAGGCGCCCUGAAUUGAACUUGCAAGAGUUAGCGAAUAAUAAAGUGUUCAAGCCCAAGGCUAGUUUUUCAUUCACUUUGGAGGAGAAACGAGAGAUUUGUCAAUGGGUUAAGAAUUUGCGGAUGCCAGAGGGGCAUGCGUCUAAUUUUGACAAGCGUGCUGAUAUGAAUGACGGAAAAUUGAUUGGUAUGAAAAGUCAUGAUUGCUAUGUUUUCAUGGAAACUUCGAUUCCUAUUGCAUUUAGCCGCCUACCGGAAAGAAUAUGGAAACCAAUCAUAGAGAUAAGUUUGUUCUUCAAGGAUUUAUGUUCUAACACUUUGACGGUAGAAAACCUUCAAAGAAUGGAACAGAAUAUACCAAUCAUUACAACUAAGCUCGAGAAGAUCUUUCCAUGUGGGUUUUUUGAUGUGAUGGAACAUCUUCCCAUUCAUCUUGUACAAGAGGCACGCCUUGGAGGCCCGGUUCAAACUAGGUGGAUGUAUCCUUUCGAGAGGACCAUUGGCAAAUGCAAAAAAUUGGCUACGCAGAGAUCUAAGAUUGAAGGAUCUAUUUGUGAAGCGUAUCUUGCAAAGGAAACAACGCAUUUCUGUUCAUAUUAUUUCAGAGAGCAAGUGUCGUGUAUGAGAAAUAGGCCCAACCGUAAUGAUGAGGGUGGGGUUGAUCCUAACUACCCACCAAUGUCCAUCUUUAAUCAACCAGGAGGCGGUUCUAAAAAGCCUCCAAAACGAACCCGGAGUAGUAUGGAGAGGCAAUCAGCUGUGACACAUGUUUUGCUCAAUUACCCUAAAAUUCAAGUAUAUAUUCGGUGAGUGUCGAAUUAUGUUAUUGAAUUAAAUGGGUAACUGAUAAGGGUGAAACUAAUGAAAAUCUUGCAUAUGUCGAGCAGUUACUUUGUAAAACUUGAGGGCGAUGAAGCCAUAUAUUCUAAGUUUUCCCAUUGGCUGUACGAUUUUGUAAGUGUGGAAAUUCAUUGCAUAAUUUCAAUUAAAUGUAGGCUACAUACAAGUUAUUGAAUUUUAAUUUUCCUCCUUAUUAUAUCGGUUUAUCAUACAGGAGAACAUUCCCAAUUUGUGAAAGAUAUAGCUCUUGGACCAGGCAAUGAAGUUAAGACAAUGAAAAAGUACAUUGUUAAUGGCUACAAGUUUCAAACCGAAGAAGUUUCUCAAUAUAAGAAGACGAAUAAUAGUGGAGUGUGCAUUAAAGGCGAUGUUGAUGGUAGUGGUGUAACUGUUGAUUAUUAUGGUGUGCUGCGGGUGAUCAUACAACUUAAGUAUCCAGGUUACCCUAAGAAGAAGAUAACAUUAUUUCGGUGCAAGUGGUUUGAUCCAAGCCAAAGAGGUACAAGGGCGAAUCGUCAACAUAACGUAAUUGAAGUCAAACAUACAAGACAAUACAAUCACUAUGAUCCCUCUAUAAUUGCACAAAAUGCUAAGCAAGUGUAUUAUGCUCCAUAUCCUUCGCGUAGGGAUAAGGCUGAUUGGUGGGUGGUUAUAAAGACUAAGCCUGUGGGGAGGAUUGAGGUCGAUAAUGCAUUAGAUGUGGCGUAUCAAAAUGAUGUACCAGUUGUUCAUUAAACGGUUGACACAGAGUUAGAAAAUAGUCUGGAACAUCCUCAACACAUAUUAGAAGAAGUUGAUGAAGAUGAUGUCACUAUCAUAGAAAAUGUUGAGGAAGAAUCGACCGAUGGACCUGAAACAAGCGAUGAGGAAGAAUCAUCUGAUGAAAAUUAAACAAGCGAGGAUGAGUAGGAGGAUAACUAGUUGCAUUUUAGUUUAUUCUAUACUUGAUAAUAACACAAUUUUAUACUUGUUAAAUUUUUAUUCUAAUGUUAUUAACUUUCUGUAUGUAGAUGUCAUCAGGUGGUAGUGAUCAAGGUAGAGGUAGAGGUAGAGCUGGAGGUACUAGUAAGAGAAACGAUAAGAGACCUAUAGAUCCUACAACUACUAGUAGUCAAUCCAUUCAGUCCGCUCCACAUAUGCAGUCUACUCCGCCUUUUUUUUUUAUGUCUGGCUCUUUUAUGCAGGCCCAGUCUGGUCAGUGGGUCUUUCAGCCGACACCACCUCAGCUGGCAUCAUUUACCAUCCUACUUUUAUAUCUACACCUAUGUAUUGCCCACCACGUGGCAGAUCUCCUAGCACAUCGGCCACUUUGUCUCCUUCUACUUCUCCAAGUGGUACACCUCCCAGUGUAUCUAAUUUGCGCCUUAGAGAUAGCAGCUCUGAGCCUGAGUCACUACCAUCCAGCCAGUCUCAGACCCAUCUUCGUCCUCCUGCACCUGCACCUGCACAGGCACCGAUAUAUCAUGGUUUACACCCGGGAGAUAGAGAUGCGAUCGGUCAAAUUUUCAUCGUGCCUGAGGGAGCUGGGUAAGAUUUUCUUUUAUUAAGUUUUUGUUCAUCUUAAUCUUAUAUGCGUUAAAUCUUUUAACUGCAGGUUCUAUCCAAAUCACGAAACUACAAAAGCCUGGCUGGAUAUUGUUCGGAGGCUUUAUGGCGAUCAGUUUUAUACUUCAUGGGGUGAAAUCCCAUAUGAUACUCGACAGGCUAUGUUUAGAGAGUUUAACAUGUAUUGUACAUGGGAUCCAAUGGACAAUGAUAGGGUUGCUGCAAACUUUGAGAGGAAGGGGAGUGCAAGGUUGUUUGAUUGAUUUUCGAGGGCUGGAAGGUAUAUGAGAUGCCCCAAUGGCUAAACGCUGAACAGUGGGAGAAACUUAAGGCAUAUUGGCGAACUCCUGAGUUUAUCACCAAGUCUGAGCAGGCAAAGGUUGUCUGUGCAUCCCAGAAAGGUGGCUCUUUGCACACUGCGGGUGCGAGAAGUCAGGGGCACGUGGCUAGGACAAUGAAAAAAGCUACGGGACAGAUGCCUACUCAGGAUUAGGGCUGGGCAUAAAUACCGAAAACCAAAAAACCGAACCGAACAGAACCGAAACUUUAACAAAUCGAACCGAACUAGUUUGGUUCGGUGUUUGGUGUCCACCGUAAAAAAACCAAAACCGAAAUAGCCGAACCGAAGUUUGAUAAAACCGAACCGAAAAAUCGAAUGCGCACCGAAAUUUAAUACAUUACCCAAAAAAAAAUUAAAAUAGUCCAGACCCAUUAAGUUUAAAGCAAAAAAAACCCAAUUGUAAUAAGUCCUCUUUUGCAUUUGUAUCCCUAAUUUUCCACUUCAAUUGAGAAAAUCAAAUAUCCUUAACAAAGAAAGGUAACUAGGAUGUGUCUUUAGGAUUAAUGUAUGUCCUUUAUGUGUUUUCUUAAUUAUUCUUACGGUAUGUAUAUAACACCUAGUAAUCCUAUAUCAUGAUUAUAGUUUUCUGUUCUUGUGUAUCCUGUUUUUAUUUGAUUUUGAUUUCAAUUUAUCAGUUUUAUGUUUUAUUGCUUUUGAGAAUAUGGAUUAGUGUCAAUGGAAUCGCUUCUAAUAUUAUAUCAAAAAAACUGAAUUGAAAAAAUCGAAACCGAACCGAACCGGACUUUAAAAAACCGAAACCGAAAGAACCGAA